AUGGGACACUCCGAAUGGUUGCCCGGAUUGACCGAAUUCUUUCCUCCAACGCCUCACGCUCACCAGUUCGUCAAGAUUCUGAUCCUAACCUGGAUACCGAUCUCGCUACUGCAAUGGACGCCGCUCAAGCUAUUGCAGAUGAUGGGCAAAACGAGUGGUUCAACUGCCUUUCACUUGCCUGGACGAUUCGCCUGGAUCUGCGCUGAAGCAGUAGCGCCGUUCAAUAUGCUCUAUAUCAUGUAUGCUCUACCCUCGAAGCUGAGACCUCCACCCGAUGCCCCUUCAAGUAUCCUCAGGACUGGUCUUCCGAUCCAGUACGAGAUUCUCAUCCUACUGUACCUCAUCCACUACCUGAACCGGGCGUUCAUCACACCUAUACUUGCACCGAGCGUCAGCCCCAUGGGCCCUUGGGUCGCCUUUUUGAUGGCCUAUUUCCAGUACGGAAACUCUACCAACGUCGCCUGCUGGAUAGUCUACUCUGCUGUAAGGACCCAUGACGUCUCGCGAGUACUCAUGUCACCACUUGCGGGCCUCGGCCUAGGCCUCUGGCUUGCUGGAUUUUACGGCAAUAUCGCAUGUGAGCACAAGCUCUUCGAGCUGCGUCGUGGCGCGGCGAAACGCAAGGCCAAGUCAGAAGGCAAGGCAGAGGUCAGCUACCACAAGGUAUAUGUGGUACCACCACCGGAGGGUGGCUUCAAGUAUGUACUGCAUCCACACUAUGCCUUUGAAUGGCUGGAGUGGACGGGUUACUGGAUCUUAGGAGGUGCGUGGGGACUGGGAUGGGGUGCUGAGAGUGCAGCAUUGUGGUUUCUUGUUGCUGAAAUGUUCGUGAUGCUGCCGAGAGCACGUCAGGGGAAGCAAUGGUACGAGGAGCGAUUUGGGAAAAGGGCAGUGGCGGGGAGGGCGGCAGCGCUACCUUUUCCUGGACUUUGA